CCCCGGCGCUACCUGUGCGAGCGCCGCGGGGCCGGGCGGGGGCCGGGAGGCGCUCCCAGCAUGGACUUUGACGGUGGGUUUGCGUCUUUGCCGUUCAGGAGCCUGGAGGAGGCGGCGGCGUCGGUGGGACGAGGGCCGGAUCCCGCGGGCACCGCCGGAGGAAGGGGCAGCCCGGCGGCCGGGCACCGUGCGCGGCGGGGCCACGCUUCCAGCAUGCUGCUCGCACGGACACCGCCCCGCCGCGCCGUCUCACUCCAAGGCCUUAAUUGCUAAGGAAAUGCAUUGGUUCAUUAUUACCCACCUAGAAAACAGGCUUCCAUCAAUGAGUUCCAGACGUGAAGCUGUCUGUGCUCUCCUGGGGACAAGGGGACAACCUGUUAGAAGCAGACGUGGUUCUGAUUUCCUCGGAAGAAGCACAAAAGGAGAUGUUCUGUUCUUUGAAAAUAACUGGAGCCACUGGCAAGAAGCAGCGACACUGCAUCGAACGAGGGAACCGCUUCCAGCUGAUCAAAACAUGCUGCUGAACUGACUUUUGCAGCUGCAUUUUCCAAUGUACCAUGGGAUGCAUCAAAUCCAAGGUUGCCUUCCAAGGUUCCAACGCUGUCCAGGAUGAGAGGAUCGGGGGAGGCGGCGAGGGGUGCACUGGGGAGAAGUCGUCGCUGCUGGCGGUGCAGGCGGAGGACAGGGGCCCCUCGAGCACCAUCGUGCUGGACUACGCGCACCGGCUGUCGCGCGAGAUCCUGGAGCAGGCGGUCAAGCAGUGGGCGGUGACCGAGAGCAAGUACAGCGACAUCCCCUUCAUCGAGAGCGACGUGCCCUGAGCCCUCCUGCCAGCGCAGAGCCUCGCCGUGGGGAGGUGUCUGCAGGGAGAGCCUGAGAAAGUCUGCCUUUUAGUGCAGAUUGCUAACAAACUAACUGGAUCGCAGUAGAACCUGUUCGUCAAGUGUCAUGCGUUGUCAGCCAUGUGUUGAGUCUACUCUGUCUUUGUACGUGCUGGAUGUGAGCAGAAAUCAGCGUUAAAAGGAGGAUGAGAAGACUGUGGCAGCCCUGCACCUCUACAAGCACUGCCACAGAGGACAAAAGGUGCAUUAUUUCUGUGUUCUGCAUAAAAGAUCAGAGGUCUGUCUGUAGGUGAGAUGAACUCUGUGCUUGGUGAAUUUGUCUGCAUUUCGCUGAAGUGAAAUCAAGGUCUGCAUGUAGCAAAGGUUACUGCUGUCAUAAAUUUUACUUUUGAUUCUGUGACCUAACUAAAUCUGUAAAAUCACAAAAUGAAGGUGAUGGGAGGCACUUUGUAAACCCCGGUAGUAUUCAGGGAGCCAUUUGGAUGAUGAUGCUCUUCACCUUCCAUUGAAGUGAACCAGUGAGAAACGUGCCAGUGUCGAUAAGCAGUGCAUUAUCAUUAACAGAUGCUUCUGUAAAUGCAUGAGAGCUUGUCUCUAAAACCCUGCAGUAAGAUAGGUUAAUGACAUCUGGUUGCUGUGUUCAGACCGAAGCUCUUUGUUUUUCUGGUUUUGUUUGGGGUUUUUUUGUGUUAGGGUGCUGGUUUGAGAGGAUUUGGUUUUGUUGUUUUACUGUAACCCAGAGAGAUGUGCAAAAACUACUGAUGAACUAGUGAAAGGAACCUUCAAAGGUGUGGCAGUGCUUCAGGACAGUUUGUUUCAUGGGAGCUGUGGCUGCAUUACACUGAAAUUCCUCUCUGAAGUACCACUCUUGGGACAGGACAUCUUCUUUCAGCUUCUGUAGGCUGCUGGAAAAACUUUUCCCCACUGGAAAAGCUGUUCAUGGCAAUGCCAGCAGGAGCCACAGGAGCCCAAUCCCUGAGCAGUGCCCUGAAUGCAGAGUUAGGGACUAAGCCUUAGGCCCAAAGCUCAAGGGCUGCAUUUCUGCCCCAGUGCAUCCACACGCUGCUCCCUGCUUGCCCAGGAUCCACGGCCUGACCCACUGCACUCACAGCUCCUGUUUGACAGAUCAGAACACCCAUGGAUUGUUUUCAUUCAUCCCAAAGGUACAAUGUUGCUGAUGUUUUAUACGAAGUGAAGCCUUCUAACAGCUUGGCUUUUACCACCUGUUUGUUUCUUUCUCUGUGACGCCCAGUUUAAAAGACAAAGUUCUUUUUCCUAGAUCAGAAUGCUUUCCAUUUUGUUUUCAUUUUAUAGAGAAAUGCUUUCCAUACUGGCUAAAGCUGUUACUAUUUUUAAAAGGUACACAUAGUUCUAGUAAAUGAUCCAAAGCAUGAUUUUUCAAGCAAUGGGAAGCAAGCAGAAAGAGGACCAUGUCAAAUGCUGUAGACAGUCUAUGAAUUGAGCUGUUUUCCAAAUGCUGUGACACAAACUUAGGUAUUUGAAAUUUACCUAUAUGGGGAAGGGGUUUUAUCUGGAAUGAAGGGUGGAAAAUGCUUCUCUGUGACACAGCACAAGGCUGCCAUUAAAUCCCAGUGACCAGACUGGAUUCCCAGUGACUUGCUAUUAGGGCUGUUCUCAGGCUUUUGCUGGAAAAGGGAACAAAAUCAGCUUAUGCUGUAAUAUCGUCCUCUUUGAAGUUACACAGCUGUCUUCAAAGCCAUUUGCAAAGUGGGACUAAGGUUUUAUGGUUCACUUAAAUUCUCCUCCUAACAGUGAUGUUCCUUCCAGUUCUACAGCAUAUAGAACAUUUGAUCAUACUCUGUUUGCUCUAAAAUACCUCCAUGUAUUAGUAUGAGUUAGAAAGCAAAGCCAAAACACUGAUCAAGUCAGUACAUAUCAAAUGGAUAUUGCUUAAGCACAGUAUUAAAAAAUAUUCAUAUUCUUAUUUUAGCUAAAAUAAAGCUUUAUUACAAAAAAGAAAAAAAAGGGCCAACCUUUCUAACAUGAGUGUGGGCUUGAGGAUGUGAACACUGCUAACGACAGUAAUGAAAAAUAAAAAGCCAAAGCUCCACAGCCAUUGUUGGCCAGGCAGGUGAGGAGCAGGCAGAAAACUGCACUCACUGUCAGAGCACCUUGAGGUGCUUCUGCCCUGGCCCUUGUACAAGGCUCCCUGGAGGCUGCCAUGGGCAGUGAGGUGCUGCAGUGCUUCCUGUUGCCACGUCUCAAAUCCUUCCUCUGGAUGUAGCCUUAGCACCUGACACUCUUCAGGAAUAUCGGAUGCCCUUUUGAAAGUAGCUCCCUGCUGGCAGGCUGCCUGCAGCAGGCAGAGCUAUAGCACAGCCUGAGGUUCCACCCCAGCAUCCCUUGUGAUCAGCACUGGCAUUUCCCCAGAGGAGGGGUCACCCAGGCACCCCAAACGUGCCCCAAGGACUGCUCCCCUGUGGCUGCCCUGCCUGCCCCACAGCUGCCCACGGGCUGACAGCACCAGCUGCUUGCUGGCCCGACCGGUCCCUCACCUGCAGCCGCCAGCCUCGGCCCUCGCCGGUGCCUGAAGAUUACAGCAGCUCCAGAGUGGCCCCAAGUGCAAUUCCAGCUCCUUUAGGAUGUUUUCCAUGACACUGGCACUUCAGGGAAGGCACGCAGCAAAUGGAAAGCAAACAACAGGGAGACGGCUUCUCACCAGGAAAAUCAUCUCUUUUACAGGAUGCUGUCCUUAUAAAUAAUGCACUUACCCUUAAUAGAAAAUAAAUCUGUUCAGUGCUACAGUCUGGUAAGAGAUGGACGGAGAUCUCUCUCCAGAGCUCUGCUGUACAUUAACAGGCACAACACUAAUACAUUGUAAAAAUCAAGACUUCUUCACCUAAAUAAAUUUAUGCUAAGCUGUGCUAGAGUUUUACAGAACCACUGACAGUGGGUUUCCAGCUAAGUUACCACUGAUUCUUUGACUUCAUUUUGUGUAAUAAAGGCACUCCAGUUUGGGACUGGCAUACUCUGCGAAACUGUUUACUUCUAUUUAGGAGUUAAAAAUACAUUUGCUUUAUAUUUUCUCCAGGAAACAAGAUUAAUCUGAGUGGGUAUGAUGUGACUGACUUGAUAUUCUAAUAAUGGUUCAAAAUACAUUAACUGCAGCACAACUUGUAAAGUUGACGUUUCUUGACUAAGGCACAUCAGUAUUCCCAAAUAAAACACACUACAAUAUAUUUUUACAAUAUUUUUUGUGGAAAAUAUUUUCUUGUGGACCAAAUAAAAUUCAACUUACCAUCUGCUUGUAUGCCUUUUAUUUGAAAAAAACCACAAGAUUGCAAAGACUGGACAGGAUCUUGUUACCUUGAGCUUGAGAUAAUUCCUGUUCACAUAAAUUCUGGAAGCAACUGAACAUGUGAGUCAAAGUUUAUUAAUUCAAAAGUAUGUUCUUCCUAAGAUCUUGUACAAUCACAGGAGCCAUGAUCCCUACUCCCUGGGAAUUACUGUGUUUUUCAUUUAAUAGAGUUGGCUAAAGACUGCUCCUUUUAUACAAAAAUAAUGGAAUUAGUAAGAUAACUCAUCUUCAAAAAAUAAAAUUUAAGAUACCAAUUGUUUAUGGAUGUAAAACAUAUAAAAAUUUUAAAUAAUACAAGGGGAAGUUUGCACUUCUUAUGGGACUAGUUUGAGCUAGAAAGUCACGUGACACUUUCAGAAUUACCCUAGAGGUUUUCAUGAAAUCUCAAUUACUUUUGGAACUAAACUCAAGGACAGUCCCAUAACAAGUAUGUCCAUGGUAACAUAAACUCACAGCUGAAA